AUGGAGGAAGUCAUAAGAACGGGCAUAAGAUUGUUGAAGGAUAAUCUGUGUCUCCGAGGGAAAGGAAUUCCCGAGGACAGUACGAACACGCGGGGCCGUUCUUAUUGCGCAUUGUUACUUGGCUUGGGUUCGGCCUUGUCCAAGAUGGAAGGAAGAUAUUCGGAUGCUGGUAAGCAUGAGUUGCGACCCUAUGCAAUGCAUAGAUGGUUACGUGGGACAUUCGGAAUACAUAUGUCGCCAAGGCUUGGGCGACAUGCAAGUAUGACAACUUGUGUGUAUAGCUUGAGGAUGUGGGCUAUCGUGGACCCCAUAGGAAUGACCAACAGAAGUGUGGGUAAACCGAUGGUGUGUUGGAUCACUAUGUCCUGA